CUUCUACUCGCUUACUAGACGUUAUUUUACAAUGUUGGGUAAAAACAUCGGAACAAAAGUAGAUGCGCGCUUUAUGAGUGCGCAGUACAAAGCUUACUUGUCACAAGGAGAUAAGAAAAAGACGGAUUUAGUGCCAGCGAGGGCACCGACGAAAAAGUUGAAAGGAAAAGCGCAAAAACGAGCCGAGAUGAGACGGAAAGGAAUCUUUGUGCAAGCAGAUAGUAGCGAAUUUGACAACACUAUUAUGGAAAAGCCGAGCUCAAGAGUACGGCCUUAUGUGCUCAGAGCUAAAAAUCGCAAAUUGAGAUGGAAACAGCAUCUUCAGAAGAUUGUUGGAAUACCUAUGAGUGAAGAAAGUAGUGCGAGUGUGAGCAGUAGCGCUGGGAAAAGUGGUGAAAAGUCAGAAAAAACGCUAGAUGCAUCAACGACGCAAUCCACUAUAGAAGAAUCUCGUAAACCAAAGAAGAAGAAGCCCAAGAAAAAAAAGGUGCUUGAAGUCAAAGAAAAGCAGCCGCAAAAGGUGCGGUUCAACGAAAAGGAUGAACGGACAACCAGGCUUCCACCUACAAAUUGGGAGGGUUUUAUCCCUAGCGAGAAGGUGCGGUUCAACGAAAAGGAUGAACGGACAACCAGGCUUCCACCUACAAAUUGGGAGGGUUUUAUCCCUAGCGAGAAGGUGCGGUUCAACGAAAAGGAUGAACGGACAACCAGGCUUCCACCUACAAAUUGGGAGGGUUUUAUCCCUAGCGAGAAGGCUACUAGCGUAAGUGUAAAGAAGCAAGCAUCCAGGACAACAAUGUUGGAAGAUGUUUUUGCACCUCUGGAGGAGGAUGUUGAUCUGACAAAGAUCUUGGUAGACUUCAACGCAGAAAAUAUGGCUGACGUCGGAGCUGGAGACAAGCGAUUUCUCAAGGCUGCAAACAAAAUCCUACGAACUGCAUACAGGGACAAGGCCUUUGAGAAAACCCUCACCAAAGCCGAAAAUGACGUUUUAGCGAAAUUUUUCUCAGGAAAAAUUCCCUAUGAUGCAUAUGUUCUUCACACUUUGGAUACGGUUCUUGACAAGACCAUCGAUUAUUUUCGCGAAAAUAAGACGAAGAUCAGUCCUGAAGUAGAAGAAAUUAUUGCAAAGAGGGAAGCACUCAAAGCAGCCAUGCUUGAAACCAUGCUGACUGUGCCGAGAUUUCUUCCUAGUGACUGGGUAAAACAAUUUGAAGUCUACCAACAGGAGGCUCUAAGAGAGACAAGCGGCAUCAACUGGGCUCGGAUAGUAUUAUUCUAUCCUAAGUACAGGACAUUCGAAGAUGGGGAAGCAGAUAUUUUUGGGAAUUUUACCCCGGCGUAGUCAUUGGCUCAUGGGCGUCGUUUUUGGACCUUUGGAUUCGAAAACGUUUGAAGAAGUGGACAGAGAAAUCAAGAGUCAGGGAUUCUACCUGGAUACAAAUAUCAUAGCGAAUGCCAAGGACAUGGACCUUCCACCAUCGGCAAAUCCAUCAACCAUCGAUGCUACAGCUGAUACCACCGCAAGAUUAUAUGUUACACCACAGACUUUCCAUUGAAUGCCUUAAACAUAUGACUAAGAUUUUAAUCCGUUUCAUUACCUUGUAAUAGAUUUAAUCAAGAACAUAUUGAAUUGGUUAAUUAGAAUACUACGUGAUCUGAUGAAUCUAUUACAAAAAUCCUUGUGAUACUCGUUGUACUUGUCAUUACUAACUAAAAGCACCCAGCAUUGUAUUCUACUCCGAAUAAAUCUGCUACUCACUG